CCUAGGGUUUUAUCAGGGUUUGAUACAAGUUCCCAUUUUCGAUCAACAAACCGCUCUGUAAUGGCCACCUCUAUCAUUCUCAUAAUUCACAACUCCCCCCAAAAUUGACAUCAAACAUGGAGAACAAAACCGCCCCUUUAUCAACUAUCGAAGAACCAGAACUCAAAAAGCAAAAAAUGUCCACCACCACCUCCGACGACGAAGAAGCUGCAACCGCCGCCGUCGCUGGAGAUGGUCCAGCACCUGAGAGGAAACCGAGAUACAAGCGUCGAAAAAUCGCAAUAUUCUUCGCGUACUGCGGCGUAGGCUAUCAGGGUAUGCAGAAGAAUCCUGGAGCUAAAACAAUCGAAGGCGAUUUAGAAGAAGCAUUAUAUCAAGCAGGUGGUGUGCCUGACCAUGACAAGUGUCAACCUCGAAGGUAUGAUUGGGCUCGUUCUGCUCGUACUGAUAAGGGUGUAAGCGCCGUGGGUCAGGUCGUUUCGGGUCGGUUUUACGUCGACCCGCCUGGUUUUAUUGAUCGGCUUAACUCGAUCCUCUCUCCUCAAAUCCGGAUCUUUGGGUUUAAACGGGUAACAAAUGCGUUUAAUGCUAAGAAGUUCUGUGACCGGCGUAGGUAUGUGUAUUUUGUUCCUGUUUUUGCUCUUGACCCAUCCUCACAUCGUGAUAGAGAGACUGUAUUAGCUAGUGUAGGAUCUGGGAAAGAGCUUGUUAAGUGUUUGGAGUGUUCAGAAAGGGGUCGUAAAGUAUUUGGGGUAAUGGGUAAACGCGUUUUUGAUCCGAUAACUAAGUCAGUAAUUGUUGUUGCUGAACCAGGCAAUAUGCCAAACAAUGGAGAUGCACAAGUAACUUUGCAAAAUAUAGAGAGUAAUGUGAAUGUUAAUGCAAAUGAUGUGAUCACUGAGUCAAAUAUGGUAACUGAAAAUGGAGCUUCUUUAAGUGAGAAGGGUGAAGAAACGAAGGAGGAAGUUGAGAAAGGCGAUGAAAAUGCUAAAGCAAUAGAAGAACAAGUAGAAGAGAGUGUGUUUUCCUAUGGAGAGAAAGAAAAAGAAAGAUUUAACAGAAUUUUGAAGUACUACGAGGGAACUCACAAUUUUCACAAUUUCACAACGAGAACAAAAGCUGAUGAUCCUGCUGCCAAGCGAUAUAUCAUUUCAUUUACUGCAAACUCUAUAGUGAACGUCGAAGGCAUUGAAUUUGUGAAGUGCGAGGUUGUGGGUCAGAGCUUUAUGCUUCAUCAAAUCCGUAAAAUGAUUGGUCUUGCUGUUGCGAUCAUGAGAAACUGUGCUCCUGAAUCCUUAAUUCAAACUGCCUUCCGAAGGGAUGUCAACAUCAAUGUUCCUAUGGCGCCUGAGGUUGGAUUGUAUUUGGAUGAAUGCUUUUUCACCUCAUAUAACAGUAAGUGGAAGGACACUCAUGAAGAAGUGUCUCUGAAAGCUUAUACAGAGGCGGCAGAAGAAUUUAAAAUGAAGUAUAUCUAUAGUCAUAUUGCAUCGACGGAACACAAGGAUGGAACAAUGGCUCUAUGGCUGCAUUCCCUUAACUAUCGUAAUUACCCUGAUUUGCGUGGUGUGGAUAAUGGUAAUUCUGCUGGUGCUAGUGAUGGUUCAAAAGCCGUUGAAGCUGUUGUUGAGGCUGGUGUAGGUGCUGUCAAGAAUGGUGAGAGCACCGAUAAUGUUAAUUCUGCUGGUGCUGUUGAUGAUUCAAAAACUGGUGAAGCUGUUGUUGAGGCUGGUUUAGGUGCUGUCAACGAUGGUGAGAGCACCGAUAAUGUUAAUAUUGCUGCUGCUGGUGAUGGUUCAGAAGUUGAAACUGUUGUUGAGGUUGGUUUAAGUGCUGUCGACAAUGGCGAGAGCGCCGAUGCCAAAGAUGCUGAGGCAGGGCGUGAUGCUGAUUUAGUCACCUCAUAGGCUAUGCUCUGUCGAACAACUCUCGGCAUCUAUUGGCAUGAAUAUCAUGUAAACUUUUCCCUCUGUAUUUCUAUCAUUUAUGGUGUUCUAUUCUUUGAAGGGAACUCUAUAUAGAGCAAAGACAGAGAAAGCUCUUGAUCCUAUUUAUAGGACGUGUCAAAUUUAGUCUUGAAACUUUGUUGAAGUGCUUCAAAUGAUGUUGAAGUGAAGCAGAUGGUUUAACUGUUGUUGAAGUGAACAAACUGUAAUUUGAUAAAUUACAUGUUUUAUUUAAUUCUUACCAGUCUAAUAGUUUAUA